AUGUCUUGUCUGCGUAUCUUGAGCUCGCUUCCCUUCAUGCCUCGCUCCGUGCCGGGACAUCACGAACAUUACCAUGCUUUCCAGCGCAAACACACGCUCUCUACCUCAACUAUGUCCACUCUCUUCAACCACGUUCAAGGCCCCGGACCCGAGCCAUCUCGAGCAAACCAUUUGCGAAUACGCUGA